AUGGCUUCGUUUCUCAAGAAGGCUGCCAAGGGCAUCAAGACCAAGAUGAUGGCCGGAGGCGAUGGCGGUGCCGCCAGCUCGUCGUCUGCCCCGUCGGAUGGCGUCGAGCGCGAUGCCAACGGCCAGAUCCCGAAGGAGCCGUUUGGACGCACCAUGCAGCCGGAUGCGUUUGUGGCUUUCAAGACCUCGGUCGAUGAGCUCACUACCGAUGAGGAGAAGGUAGAGAAGAUCUACGUCUCGCAUGGCAGCGGCAAGGCGCCGGGCACCGCCGGCAAGUCUCAGCGGCAGUACUGGUGCGACCAGGCCGCUCAGCUGAUCCGUCUGCUCGCAUUUGACAAGAACAAGGUCACCGUCGCCACCCGCAUCUAUCCGCACAUCGCCGACCCCGGCAACUUUGAGGACGUUGUUCUCGAUACCCUCGACUUUUCCUCGUCCAAGGACCAGGUCAAGGAGGAGCUUCGCCUCUGAUCUAGUUUGCCGUCUUUUUCCGAUGGUCAAUGAACAUACACAAGGCACA